AUGACUGCUGACACUUUUCUUUUCACUUCUGAAAGUGUCUCCGAAGGGCAUCCCGACAAAAUGUGUGAUCAGGUGGGUUGCGUUGUUAAUAUUACCGUCAUUAAUGUCGUUUUGCAACUAUUUCCCCAAAUCUGCUUGCAAAGUUUCCAAAACGAAACAUUAAAAUGUCUAGACAAAAAAAAGACGAGCGUUUUUGUAAACCCGACAAAACUGUUGGUUUUUAAAAAGUUCUAAGACGUUCCCCGAUCAAAAAACUUUAUUGCGUCAUGUUGAUGACAUCGUCCUUUUCUCAAUAAUUAAUGUCCUUUAGCGGGCUGUCUCAUCGAAACGUGAGAUAAGCGCAAUCAGUUUCUUUUGGGGGUCAGAGAAAAUUUUUGAAAAAUACUCAAACAUGUGGUGUAAUGGAUACAUUCCAGAUGAUGUAUUGAAAUCCAUUUGACUUUAAUGAAACUUGCCACAAAUUCCGCAAAUUGCGUUAUAAUUCUGAAGAUUUCUCCGACAUUUUUAGCUUACAAAAAAUAUUUCUUGGUAUUUUAUUGCCUCGUUGUCGUAAUUUUCUUAUUGAAUUUGCCCACUGACCCCAAACAAUUCCAGAUCUCCGAUGCCGUCCUCGACGCCCACCUCUCCGUCGAUCCUGAAGCCAAAGUUGCUUGUGAAACGGUGACCAAAACGGGAAUGGUCAUGCUCUGCGGAGAGAUCACAUCCACGGCUCAGAUCGACUAUCAGCAAUUGGUUCGAAACGUCAUAAAAAAGAUUGGCUACGACGAUUCUGGCAAGGGCUUCGACCACAAGACUUGCAAUGUUCUGGUCGCGCUUGAACAACAAUCCCCCGAGAUUGCGGCUGGAGUUCAUGUGGACAAAGACGAAGAAAAUGUCGGAGCUGGAGAUCAGGGAAUCAUGUUUGGAUAUGCGACAGACGAGACGGAAGAGGCCAUGCCAUUGACGCUGGUCUUGUCACACAAACUGAACGCAAGGUUACAUGAAUUGAGGAGGAACGGGACCUUGGCUUGGGCUCGACCCGACUCCAAAACUCAGGUAGGUGAAGAUAAUAGCUCGAAGACAUAUCCAAAAUCUUUGCCACCACUUUGGAGAUUUUACAAGGUUACUAAAAGAGCAACCUUUUAAAAAAUACAUCCUUCUCUCUAACCGAUCCUAAUCAUCCUCCACUCUCUCACGAAUUCCGACAACUCCCAUCUUAUGUAAUCUUAAUGACUUAUAACUCUUUCUCCAAAAUUUGAUCUUUUCACUUUUCAAUUUCCAUGAAAAAGAUUAUUUGUAAACCUACAAAAAUUGAAAAUAAUAGUCGAUGAUUCCUACUCUUUAGACCACCUUUUUAGAAUUCUCCGUGAUCAUACACAGGGUCAAUUUUCAUGGAAACAGCUGAUUAGAUCAAAAGUCAUAAAGCGAUUUGAAAAAAAACAUCUUUUGUGAGGAGAGUGACCCUUUUCCUCCGUGCCAUCAAGGUUGAUUUUAAUCAAAUUACCCUUAUCACUUUGUAGGUGACCAUUGAAUACGUUUACGACAAGGGUGCUUGCAUUCCCCGCCGCGUCCACACCAUUGUAAUCUCCACUCAGCACUCUCCAGAUGUCACUUUGGAAAAGAUUCGCUCCGAUCUGACGGAGCACGUCAUCCGAACAGUAAUCCCCGCCGAUCUCUACAAGGACACCAAACUCCAUCUGAAUCCCUGCGGCAGUUUUGUGGUCGGCGGUCCGAUGGGAGAUGCGGGUCUGACCGGUCGAAAAAUCAUCGUCGACACGUACGGAGGCUGGGGAGCACAUGGCGGAGGCGCCUUCUCCGGAAAAGACCCCACAAAAGUGGAUCGGAGUGGAGCAUAUGCGGCCAGAUGGGUGGCCAAAUCUCUGGUGAAGGCGGGUCUGUGCCGAAGAUGUCUGGUCCAAGUGAGUUACGCCAUUGGAGUGGCGGAUCCUUUGAGCAUUAUGGUCUCACACUUCGGAACUUCCCCAUUGAGUGAAGGGGAACUGUUGAAGGUGGUGAAUGACAACUUCGAUCUGAGGCCUGGUAUGCUCAUUAAGUAAGUUUCACCUUUUUUCUCUUCUCUUGUAAUGAUGAUAACAACAUUUGGAACAAAAAUACAUUGAUUCUUGCAAUCUGUCGUACAAAAAUCCGAUUUACCAUGGAAAAAUUUUAAUCCUUAACCAAGUAUUUCACCAACUAAUCCUCUCUCUUUCCAGACACCUCGGAUUGAAGCGGCCGAUCUACCAGCAAACAGCCGAAAACGGGCAUUUCGGCCACUCCCAGUUCCCCUGGGAGCAGCCAAAGGAGCUUUUCGUCGAGAAAUCGAUCCAAGAGAGGCUACAACAACUCAGCCUCUAG